AUGGCGCACAGUAACCCAUCCAACAUGCUCAACCCUGAUGCCCCCGCGUUCUCCCCAAGCUCUAUUCCGUCACAGCAAGCCUCUGAUCAACAUCAAUAUCGCUUUCAGGUGCUUCAGGAACCAUACAUAUAUGAAGGUACCUCGUACUAUACCAAUCCACCGCAAAUACUGCUGCCAACACCAUCUCUACAACAAUCAUCUCAACAACCUCCAUCUCAACCACUGCCAUCACAGCCACUACCAUCGCAAGCCCAUGGUUGUCACAAUAGUAGCAGUAGUAGCGGCAGCAACCACAGCAAUAGUAACGGCAACGGUUAUAGCAGUAACGGUUACAGCAGCGGCUACAAUAGUCCCUCCCAAAUCGGCUCCACCACUCUCCAUAACAACCUUUACGCCCACUUCACCACUACCAACCGCACUGUCCCCUUUCACGAUUCUCAAACCAUUACCCUCUCCUCAAAUGGCCACCACUACUUCCCCUUUCACAACCACUAUAACUACAAAAACAACCACUACAGCAACAAUUCCCCCUCGUAUAACCCGUAUCCCGUCAACUACUCAAACUUCGGCCCCUUUUCCACUCCGACGAAACAAGUCGGGGGCGUCAACAACGGCUUCCGCAACCAACACAAUACCACCAAUGGACAUGGUGGCAUCUGGCAGCAGCAACCGAACAAUGACAGGGGGAAAAAGAGCAAGAAGAACAAGAGGAAGAAGCAUGGCAAGGGCUGGGGCAAGAAGAAUGAUGAGGCCAAUGGUGAUGAGCUUGACACCGACAAGACCAAUGGAGAUGGUGCUGGCGGAAAUCAUGCCAAUGGAGCUGAGGCAAACGGUGGUGAGACCAAUGGCGGCGAGACCAAUGAUAACGGUACUCUUGACGGUGAUACGUCCAACGGAUGUGACGGGAAGUCUGAGGAAGAAGAGACCUGA